GCACUUGUUCUGUUAGCAGUUUGCAGCGGCCAUUUCAAAGAGACCACCACAAAGACAAGAGAGAGAGAUCAGAGAGAAGCACCCGUUCCCACAAUGCUGGUACCCUGCCUUCGGAGAAGACUGGUCCUUACAGUUCCUUUAGUUUUUGUGGCUGCACUACUUCUCAUGGAGCCUGCUAGAUCUGAUCAAGAAGCAGGAACAGCCAUACCAGCUGAAAGCCGUCCCUGUGUUGAUUGCCACGCAUUCGAGUUCAUGCAGAGGGCUCUGCAGGAUUUAAAGAAAACAGCAUAUAAUCUAGACACACGGACAGAAACACUGCUUCUUCAGGUGGAAAAGAGAAAUCUGUGUGACUGUGUAACUGCAAAUCUGCUGAACUGAAUCCAGGAGGCCAGCUGUAUCACCUGUUCAGUGGUUUUUAAAAUGCAGCUGUAUGAAACAGCCUUUUGGAGUUCAUGUUGCAAGCACGUACAUCCCACUGUACUGAGGAAACUGGGGGGAGGGGUCUGUGUCAUAUGUGUCUGUUCUGUUUGAUGGUUUUUAAAUAGUCCUCUCUUUUCACAUCACUGCACUGCCAGUAAGGGCUCAGUUCAGUAAAUCUGCUACUUGGUGUUAGAGUGGGGAAAAAUUUUGCUUGCUUUGAUUUUUAAAUCAGAGUUGGCCAAGUGUAACCACAACGUAAAUAGAGCCAGCAACGCUCUAGAGACGCUUGCAGCUGGUUUUGGUCUCUAACAUGUUAGAGCAUAUCUCUGUGACAGCUUACCCAGUUAUAUUGAGACAACUAGUUGUGGUCUCUGUGGGCUUUGCCAGUAUAUUAACGGCGAUGGAAGUCCUUUCUGUUUGUUGUUUACACUGUGACCGUGUACAGACAUCCUGUUGGCUGUAAAGAGGCAUGCAUUAUAAGGAGGUAUAUUUGUGCUGUGCUUAGAGCAGAACAGCUUAUAUGUUAGUGCUGAAUUUCUGACAUCCUGUGUAAGAGUGUCAUUGUCUUUAAUUAAAGAUCUUAAUUUCUUA